CACAAAGCGGAUUCAAUAAGUUAUGCUGAUUGAUUUAAUUGAGAAUCCUUGAAUUCCUUCUGUUAUACGGAUUACUUGGCUAUUAUAUAUACGUGCGUCAGGAGUUCUGUAUUCACCAUUCAUUCAAGGCUGCAAACAAAAAAAUAAAUCGCAGCCAUCGCAGCCCCUCAAGGUACUCUCUCAUUCAAUAUCGACUAAAUUCCAGUCAUGGGUGGUAUGAAGAAAAUUUUGGUGAUUUCUUGCUUGAUGAUGGCUCUUUGCGGAGUCUCCAUGGCGUCUACAGUUUAUCAAGUCGGUGACUCUGCUGGUUGGACAAGCAUGGGUGGCGUUGAUUACCAGGAUUGGGCUGCCGAUAAGAACUUCCACGCCGGCGAUACUCUUGUUUUCAAUUAUAACAUCCAAUUCCACAACGUGAAGCAAGUCACGUCGCAAGAUUUCGAGACAUGCAACGCAACAUUCCCUGUAGCCACUUACUCUAGUGGCUCCGAUGCAAUCAAUCUUGAAAGGCUUGGCCAUGUCUACUUCAUAUGUGGUUUCCCUGGUCAUUGCCAAGCAGGACAGAAGAUCGAUAUCUUGGUCUCCCCAGUAACUUCAGGUCCGAGUCCAGCUCACUGGCCCUUAAGCUCGCGUAGCAGUGCUUCAUCUGAUCUUUAUUUUAAUAAACUGUAUUGGACCUUGAGUGUGCCGGUGCUCUGUCUCUCACUGUUUGCUUAUUAGGAAGCUU